UGAUGACUGUCUAAGUACUGUCUAACAAUCUUUCUUAUCCUCGACGAACACUACCUGGGAAGAGCCAAAGAAGAAGGAUCUAGGGUUUAGGAUCAAACGACCCUCCCUCCAUUCUCACCAAAAACUCCAUUUCCAUGCCCCUCAGCUCCAGCUCAGAUCCUCCAGAAGACGCGUAUCGUAUGCCCACCUACCUUACUAUUUACUAUGCAUUCUAUUGCACCACCUACAUUUCCAUUUCAUUCCGCCCUUUAAUCCCUGAUAGAUGGAUUGAUGUACUCUCUUAGCAGAUCUAUUGUAUCAGCGCCCGCGAGCAGCAAUCUGACACCUUUGGAUUGGGCCAUAGAAAUUAGAAACCCAUUCUCGUCUUUGAUUGUUCCAUGGCCAAGACCAGACCUGGGAAACGAGACUUGGACUCUUACACCAUUAGAGGCACUAACAAGGUUGUCAAAGCUGGAGACUGUGUGUUGAUGCGCCCUCCGGAAAGUGGCACUGCCUCUUAUGUGGCACGAGUGGAGAAAAUCGAAGCUGAUAAUCGGAACAAUGUGAAAGUACGGGUUAGGUGGUAUUACCGGCCAGAGGAGUCAAUGGGAGGGCGACGCCAGUUUCAUGGAGCGAAAGAGUUAUUCCUGUCGGACCACUAUGAUGUUCAAAGUGCUGACACUAUAGAAGGGAAGUGCAGUGUUCACACUUUCAGGGCCUAUGUUAAGCUUCAGAACGUUGGGACAGAGGAUUACUAUUGUCGAUUCGAGUAUAAAGCUGCAACUGGAGCUUUCAUACCAGACCGUGUUGCAGUGUAUUGCAAGUGUGAGCUUCCGUAUAAUCCCGAUGACCUGAUGGUACAAUGCGAGGAGUGCAAGGACUGGUAUCAUCCUGUCUGUGUGGGCAUGUCUGUCGAGCAGACAAAACAACUCGAUCAAUUCGUUUGCUCUGAUUGUGCAUCCGAUCAGAAUGUGAAAAAGCCCCAGAACUCAGAUGAUGCUUCUCGAAUAACUAGUGGCAAGGUUGAGCCCAAGCGGCAGAAGAGGUAGGCUGAAGAGUGGCGAGGCGAGAAGAUGGUUCCAUUGCGGUGGGUGUUUUGUACUGUGUACAGUGCAGAGAAAUGGAAAACGCGACAUCUCAUCUCUUCUCUGCUUUAGACUAUAAGCCUCUGUGAGUAGUGUUUUCGCGAGUGUAGUUACAGUAGUAGCCUCCGAUCCCGUACUAAAUGUAUGCUGUUGUGUACUAUCUAGUAGCUAGGGUUGUUGAAAACUAUGUUGUUGGAUACACUCUUUGGAAUUAUUAAUUAAACCAGUAAUUCAGCUAGAAUUAUUCAUGAACUCCAUAUGUUCUUAAUUAA